AUUGCGCGGUCGUCUUUGUCUCACCCCUCUCCCCUCCCGAUGGCCACGCGUAAUUUAAGGCAGAGCCGACCUAGAGUCGAGUGGGCGGAGGGGAUGUACCAGAGAUGAUUUUAAAAAAAAAUAUUUAUUUUUUUAAUCGUCGCGAGAGGCACCGGGGAAUUGAACCGGGACAGCCGGCGUGCGACGCUAACCACUGCGCCACCGCUCCCUCCGCUCGCCCGCCCGUGAAAUGCAGUGAGCGAUGCUGGCACGCCGUGGCGAAUGUGUCUGCAAUGUGCAGUCGUCAUUAUUGUUUAAAAGGCAAUAAUUUACAAGACGUCCAAUUAACGCGGCCGUAACAAAGGGGAGGGGUGAAUGAACGCAGGCGUCGUCUCGUCCAUUGUGCUCAGCAGUAACGAUGCAAGGGGGUAAAGCAGCCGCAGCAUCAGAAGAAGCAUCAUCAUCAUCAGCAUCAUCAGCAGCAGCAUCAUUAGCACGAGCAAAGUCAUCGUUAUCUCAUUCAUCGUGAGCAUCAUCAUCACCACCAUCACCGGCAUCGCCAUCAUCAUCACCAUCACCGGCAUCGCCAUCAUCAUCACCAUCAUCAUCAGCAGCAUCAUCAUCAUCAUCAUCGCCGUCGUUACCAUCAUCUGCAUCGCCAUCAGCAGCAGCAUGAACGGAAACGGCGGUCGGUUCUGGCAAAGGGAGACUGGGAGACAAGGCCCAGAGACGGAGGAGAGUCGGGGCCCAGAGACGGAGGAGGUACCGGGCCCAGAGAUGGAGGAGGUGCCGGGCCCAGAGACGGAGGAGACAGAGGGCCCAGAGACGGAGGAGGUGCCGGGCCCAGAGACGGAGGAAACUCAGGGCCCAGAGAUGGAGGAGACUCAGGGCCUAGAGAUGGAGGAGGUUCUGGGCCCAGAGACGGAGGAGACUAAGGACCCAGAGACGGAGGAGACCGAGGGCCUAGAGAUGGAGGAGGUUCUGGGCCCAGAGACGGAGGAGACUAAGGACCCAGAGACGGAGGAGACGGAGGGCCCAGAGAUGGAGGAGACGGAGGGCCCAGAGAUGGAGGAGGUGCCGGGCCCAGAGACGGAGGAGACAGAGGGCCCAGGGAUGGAGGAGGUUCCGGGCCCAGAGAUGGAGGAGGUUCCGGGCCCAGAGAUGGAGGAGACUUGGGGCCCAGAGAUGGAGGAGAUUCCAGGCCCAGAGACGGAGGAGACAGAGGGCCCAGACAUGGAGGAGGUUCCAGGCCCAGAGAUAGAGGAGACCGAGGGCCCAGUGAUGGAGGAAACUCAGGGCCCAGGGAUGGAGGAGGGGGAGUUCCUCCUGCACACUGUCGCCAUGGGACUCGCCGGGAGCCUGAGAGCGGACGUGAGCAAGGAGGUUUUGGAACUGGAGAUGAGCAUAGAGGCAAUGCUUUCCCGCAUGGAGGAGCUCUGUGGCAUGCUGGACAUGAGACACGCACAGCGCCCGGGACGACGCCCUGCCCCGUCUCCACGCCCUCGUGCCGGGCGUGCGCCUCGUGUUCGCCCGCAUCGAGCAGCUCGAGGGCUUCGUGCGGAUGCUGCAGGCGGGAGUCUCGUGCCUGGAGGAGCAGCUGAACCGCGCGGAGCGAGAACUCACGCGGCGACCUUUCCCAGCGACCAUCCGUCGGCUCCUGUCGCAGCUCGGCUCGGGGACCAGGCGGCCUCGCGCCGACUCGGAGCGCCGCUUGCCGUUCCGCGCGGCGCCCGUGAUCCGCACGGAGCGCUUCGUCGUAUCGGCCGCCACGCCCGUCCCGGCAGCGACGACGACGACGGCGACGACGGAGGCAGCGAGGGGAAGACGCGAGACUUCAUGACGGUCGACGAAACGACGCCGCGAACAAAUCACCCGGUGCUGCUGCUGCGUUGGCAAACUCGUCAGUCACAACAAUGUGCGGCCUUAAACGGAAAAAAAUGUAGAACGGGCAACGGCCCUUCUUCAUGGGACGUGACCAGUCUUCUUCUUCUUCUUCCGUACGGCUGCUGAUGGAGAUGCGGAGCAAAAACGACCUGUCACAUUCAGGUGGUCAAAGCGGACAACCGCGUCAGGAGCAGCGCAUCAUCGCUGCGAUGUCUUCUUCGUAUUUGUGGAUCGGGCAUUGCAUCGUUAUGCGUCGCGCGCUCCGUUGUGGACGACCACAGCCGCACACUGCAUCCGGUAUAAUCCACAUCUGCCAUCCGCUGACAUCGGCCGAGAGAAAUGGAUAGUUCAGAGAUGGCGAUUUUCUGACUGGCUGGUCGGACAGAUAAAGUUUCUUGCACAUAAGGGAAUGCUUAGAGCGGAAAUAUAAAUUAUCACGCAUUUCAUCAGUAGAUCCCACCAAUGUGCCACCGUGUAUGAAAAGCUGGGAAAUAAACAGAACAUGCAGGGUACACGGCCAGAACGAGGCCAUGGGUAAAGGCCAGUUUACUCACUCACUCAUCCAUCGAUUCACUCGCCCACCCACUCACUCAUCCAUCCAUUCACUCGCCCACCCACUCACUCAUCCAUCCAUUCACUCGCCCACUCACCGACUCGCUCACCCGAUCACCCACUCACCCGCUACCCACGCAUCCAUCGAUUCACUCACUCAUCUAUUCACUCACUCACUCGCUCAGAACCCGCAUACCCGCACAAACUUGCCGAACACACCAGUGGCUCGGACGCGUUAUAGUUUUCGAGCAAUGUCGAGAUGGAAACACUUUCUAAACGAGCAUUUCGCUACAAAACGUUCCGUUUUUGUUGUUCUUACGGAAGGGGGUGCGGCGACGUCGUGAGUGUGCGUGGACUCGCACGUCCAACGAGCAGGCCCCCCUCUCCCUUUGCGCGGCCGAAUCUCGUGAACGCAACAACAGUGCAGGCUCCCCUUGCUAGGCCGGCUUUUGUCGACUUGCGUUUGCUUGUCGUCCUGGACCACUUCGCGUCGCAAGGAGAACCACGGCAAGAGUGGAACCGGGAACCGUGCGGUUCGUGGAGCGCUGCCCGCAAGAU